AUGAAACAGACUCAGUUCAAUACUUUAUCAGCGCCUCUUUUUCCUCCAGAAAAGGAUAUAACUAUUUCUAUUGACGAUGAACCGUUAAACCAUUCAAAUACCGUGCAAGUUUAUGUCAAAUUAGUUGAGCCGGUUAUUUUCUUACAAGGUUUUAAACCAUCAUCUCGUUCCCAUACUAACCCAGUGGAUGAUACUGGUAAACCACCCGCGUUACUUAGAGGUUCGCUCAUUAUACGUGUAUUGAAACCUAUAAAAUUGAAAUCAAUUACUUUGACAUUCAAAGGUGUCUCGAAAACUGAUUGGCCAGAAGGUAUCCCACCCAAAAAAAACGAAUUUGUAGAAUCAAAAGAUAUAAUCAACCAUGUAUGGCCAUUCUAUUCGUCUUCUAUCAAUCCAACAAAUAGCGGUGCCUCUAUUUAUAAACCUGCAUAUUCGACUGACAUUACAUCUCCCUUAAAUCUUUCGCCAAGAACCUCACUCGAACAACAACAACCUAUUCCUCCAAGAAAGGUUAGGACAAGAGCCCUGUCAGCUACUUCGAUAACGUCUAAUUCUUCUUCGAAGGCAAGAAGUCUGUCUCCUCUCAAUCUUUUCAGAAGAGUGGCCUCCUUCGGUCAUGAUGAUAAUUUUAACACCAAUAAUAAUAACGAGGACGCCUACAGUACUAUCUCUAGCACUAGCAACACCAAACACACUUUAAUCUCGGACCUUUUAAGUAGUACAUUUUCAAAUGAUGCUACACCUUCUGUAAAAUCACUAACAAGCAGCAAUAAUACUACUAAUAAUAUUCUUAAUUUAAACAAUAACACUGACAUUUUGACCUUCCAACCAGGUGACUACAUCUAUCCAUUUGAACAACCACUCUCACAAACAUUACCUGAAAGUAUCAGGGCUGAUUUUGGCUCUGUUGAGUAUUCUCUGAUGGUUACAGUUGAGAAAUUCACCCAUUUUAAACAUACAAUAAACUCAAAACUACCAGUACGUAUCAUUAGAACACAAUCAGACACUUCAGUAGAAGAAAGCGAACCCAUUGUCAUCUCCAGAGACUGGGAAAAGCUUCUAUAUUAUAAUAUUAUAAUUGCAUCGAAGGAUAUUAUAUUGGAUGCUUUCUUACCCAUUCAUUUCAAAUUUGCUCCUUUAGAUAAACUCGUUCUACAUAGAAUUAGAGUCUACAUUACAGAGACUAUGGAAUAUUAUUGUAGGAGUCAAAAAGUUCAUAGAGUUGAACCAACUAAAAAAGUUUUAUUGGCUGAACAUUGUGGACCUAGAUUGAAAAAUUUACCCCCAAACUUAAUUCAUUCAACUAAAGCUAAAUAUAUGGGUAAUUUAUUGAAAGAAAAUUCAGACGAUGAUGAUGAUAAUGGUAUAAUCUCAAAUAAGGAAUUUGAAUUCAAAGUCUUCGUUCCAAAUAAAUUCAAAGAGCAAAAUAUGACGCAGCGUUUACAUCCAGAUACUGCACAUGAUAAUAUAAAGGCAAAUCAUUGGAUCAAAAUUUGUCUUAGAUUAUCAAGAAAUAUUGACGGUAAGCGGAAACAUUACGAAAUUAGUAUCGAUUCCCCAAUCCAUGUUCUGCAUAAGCUAUGUUCUCAUGCAAACACUUUGUUGCCCAGUUAUUACAGCCAUCUCUCCGUUAAUCAAGGCACUGUACCAUCAUCUGAAGGCUCAACACCUCAGGAAUUAUACCACAAUUCUAACAUUUUUUUCCCAAAAGAAGUCAUUCUAUCACCAUUACUUUCACCAGAAGUUCAGCCAUUAGACAUCAAUAUUACCUGUAAUAGACAAAUUGCUAGAACAAAUACCAUACAUGAUAAGACAAACAAAAACGCCAAAUUUUCCAAAAACACUUCCCAGGAGAAUCAAAUUGAUAUUUUAUCAUCGCCAUCAUUAAAGCCAAACUUAUUUUACCCCGAAAGAGUGCCAAAAGAAUUGACCUCACCACAAGCUAUACCUUUAUCACCAAUAAAUUCUCCAUCAUUGAGACCGAUAUCCUUAAUAUUGGAUGAUAAUGGUCAACUUGAUAAUGAUUUUUCCUCUCCGCCACCUCCAGAUUUUGACCAGCCGCCCGAAGAGCCACCAUCAUAUACUGACUCAAUAAGAGCAGGUGGGACUAAUAGUAGUUUGGACCUGUUGAAGAAUAACACUGCCAAAAAAUUUCAAAGAAUCAAACUAAAUAAAUCUCUUGACAAAGUAUUCAUGAACAAUAGACGGAAAUCAAGCUCCGUACACAGAUCAGAAUUGACCAGCUUAAAUCUGGACGCAGAAUUAGAGAAUUCCUUCAAUGGUGAUGAUGAAAGUUUUGACAUUGGAUCAAAUUUCAGUUUCAGUGGAUCGAAUUCCAUAUCCCAGAAUGUUCCAACGUCAAUUUUAUUGAAGAAUCAAUCGCCAAUUUUAAGACCUAUGACCUCAAAUAAUACCACCGAUCUGUCUCCAACGACGACCAUUGGAGGAGAUAAUGCUAUAGGGACUUUGAAUUCUAACAAUGCCACAGUUGCGACAUCGAAUAGGUCAUCGGUAUAUAUUGACAUGGCCAAUUCUUCCCAAAUCAAUCCAAUUUUGUUACAACCUUUGCUAGAAAGAAAUACUACUAAUACCACUAGCAUGGAAGAAAGUAUGUUACAAUCCACAAUGGAACCAUUGGACUCUUCAGUCGAUAUCACUUCAUUGUACAACCAUAACUCGUUCAGGUUUGCGGAACUUGAGCAAGAUAGUUACAGUAACAAUGAUGAUAACGAUAUAUGUCGAGCAGCGAGUAAUGAUGUGAGCACUUCCUUGAAUAAUAGUAAUAAUACAGAUAAAUCGUUGGUAAAUCUGUCAGAAUUGACAGAUUCAAAUGAUAAACUGGUGAAUGAAGCUGAGAGUAAGUUAUUAAAACGCAUCAAUAAAGCCUGUACUUAA